GGCAAAGAUGGACAAUGAACUUAAAGAAGUGAAGGAAAAGCUGUGUACUUUGGCAACCCCUGUGGGAGAAAGUAAGAAUGAAGAUAUUUUUGAUCCAACUGAACUUAUCAAUGGAAUUCGCCAGCUGUACAAGACUCGCGAGGGAUGGCUCUCACCAUUUCCAUGGUGUGAAGAGUUUCAGUUUUUUCUUGGAAAUAUUUUUACAAGGCUCAAAGUGGUCAGAAGAAAGAAAACGAGAGGACAAAUCACUGACGUAUUUGUUGACAUGUCGUCAAUACUAGACCCGUAUGAAGAGUGUUCAGCGCCGAGAACGGUGUUGAUUGAAGGAGAACCUGGUAUGGGAAAAACCACCUACUGUAAAAAGUACGCCUACGACUGGGCCACAAAACAGCAAGCACCUCAGGGCUGCGGCUCAACAGCAUUAAAAUUGGUAUUGUUGCUGAAAUGUCGAGAUAUCCACUCUGACGUUUGGGAAGCCAUUGAUGAUCAGCUGCUGCCCCUAGGCAUCGAUGAAAAAGUCAAACAACAAUUUUUUCAGUUUAUUCGUGAAAAUCAGUCCAGCAUUUUAUUGAUAUUGGAUGGAUUGGAUGAGUUACCAUCCGGGAAAUUGUCGAUGUUUUCCAAAUUAAUUGAAGGAAGAGAACUCCCUAAAUGCCACAUAGUUGCAACAGCAAGACAAGAAGCUGGAAAAGAGGUGAGAAAAUGUUGUGACGCGCUGCUUCAGAUCGAAGGAUUCACUGAAAAGCAUGUGAUAGAAUUUGUCACCAAGUACUUUAAAGAAAGGACGGAUUUAGCCACCAAGCUCUCGCAACGGAUGUCGCGAGAUAAAAACCUGAGAGAAAUAGCGGCCAAUCCUCUAAACACAGCACUUCUUUGCCUUUUAUGCGAAGAGUUUGAGGGCACACUCCCCGAAAGCAGAGCUCAACUGUACUUGGAUAUGGUUGAAUGUGUUUUGAGAAGAUAUAGAAAAAAGAAGGGACUAUUAGAAAAGAUCGAAGACCUGACAAACCAUUACAAACCGCAAUUGAAUCACCUUGGAAAGGUAGCGUUGAAUGGUUUACUCGACGAUAAGCUGGAUUUAAAUGAAAGUGAAUUGAGAAACCAUGCAAAAGACUUGACUGAAUUUGGGUUUCUGUCAGUGCAGCGUGGUGGCAGCAAACUGAGACAAACACUGCAUUAUGCCUUCUUACAUAAAAGUUUUCAAGAAUUCUUUGCAGCAUUCUUCAUUUGUUCUCAGAUUCAAAGCAAGGAAAUGAAACCUGAAGAACUAGUUUCCGAUCCAAGGUAUUUCGUUGAACUUAAACAAAUACUUUUGUUUUCGUGUGGAAUUUUGGCCAUGAAAUGCGAUGAAAAGGUUGUGGCUCUUGUAAAGAGUUUAACAAAUGGAGUCAACAAAAAUGAAGGCCGUGGUGCAAAAAUUGUAUUGGAGGCCAUCAACGAAUGCAAAAGAGAAAAAAGUGAUUUUCACUCGCAUUUAUCGCAGUCGUUUGGAACUGGUUUGAAUCUGACCAAUUUGUCUUUGCGAUUCAAUGGUAUUAGUGAUGCGGGUGCUACAUGUAUUGCUGAGGCAAUGAAAGUGAACAAGACGCUAACCAAUUUGUAUUUGUCUGGGAAUGGUAUUAGUGCUGCGGGUGCUACAUGUAUUGCUGAGGCAAUCAAAGUGAACAAGACGCUAACCAAUUUGGAUUUGUCUUGGAAUGGUAUUAGUGAUGCGGGUGCUACAUGUAUUGCUGAGGCAAUCAAAGUGAACAAGACGCUAACCAAUUUGGAUUUGUCUGACAAUGGUAUUAGUGCUGCGGGUGCUACAUGUAUUGCUGAGGCAAUCAAAGUGAACAAGACGCUAACCAAUUUGUAUUUGUCUGGGAAUGGUAUUAGUGCUGCGGGUGCUACAUGUAUUGCUGAGGCAAUCAAAGUGAACAAGACGCUAACCAAUUUGGAUUUGCGAAACAAUGGUAUUAGUGCUGCGGGUGCUACAUGUAUUGCUGAGGCAAUCAAAGUGAACAAGACGCUAACCAAUUUGUAUUUGUCUGGGAAUGGUAUUAGUGAUGCGGGUGCUACAUGUAUUGCUGAGGCAAUCAAAGUGAACAAGACGCUAACCAAUUUGUAUUUGUCUGGGAAUGGUAUUAGUGAUGCGGGUGCUACAUGUAUUGCUGAGGCAAUGAAAGUGAACAAGACGCUAACCAAGUUUGAUUUGUGUUAGAAUGGAAUGUCUUGCUUAGGCAAUUAAAGCAGGGUUUAAACAACUUUCAAGUAGAAGGGCACUGCCUUUAAAGUAGGCAGGUACCUUGGAAAAUUGAGGGCCGAAGGCCCGAACUUCUAGGGGGGUCCGGGGGCAUGCUCCCCCGGGAAAUUUUUAAAAGAAAAGUCUCCCAGAAACGCAUUUUCCUGCAAUCUGGAGAAGAAAUCUUCUUGGAAUUAUGCAUACUUAAUCUAUUAUAAUAAA